AUGACCGCUGUGCACCGCAUCGCUGUUGCCGCCGCCUCCGGCCCAAUGGAAGUUAAACACGACUUAGUGUAUCGCGCCGACGGUACGGCGCAUGUCGUUAGCGAAGACGACGUACUAUUAAUCAAGGCCGAACCUAUGGUUACCGGACCUGGCACUGUUGUUAUACAAUCGAAUGGCCUGGUAUCCGUUUCUACCUCAGCUGGUACUAUACUAGCGCAACAACAGCAACAAAUCAACAACGGUAACCUUUCCAAUGGCCCUUUUAGUGGUUUGGGGAAUAACUCAGGAUCCCCAGCUUCGUCGAAACCUCGUAGGCCUGCGGCCCCUGACAACGACUGGCUGAGUUCUCCAAGUCCAAGUGGUGGGGCACCUUCGCUCACGCCUUCACCAGGUCCACCCUCGCACGCUUUCACUGUUAUCAGUAAUGGUUACUCUUCGCCUCUGUCCAGUGGAAGCUACGAUCCAUAUAGUCCAAAUGGAAAAAUAGGGAUUCCGUUUCCUUUUGAAUUUGACAUUUGGAAUUUAAUGAUGACAGUGACCAGAUGCCUGUUCGAUUACGAUUAUCUAGGAAACGGAUUCAAAUGCGGAAUAUGA